GCGGGGUUCUCUGUCUCCGUGUUGGUCGUGGACCGUCCUGUCAAUGGAUAUCUUCCCCUGAAAACAGGUGGCUACCAGGCGAGCCACUAUUCCUCAACCCCUCGCCUUUUGCUAGCAUCUAUAGACACUUGCCAUCUGCCGUUAUCUUUACCGAAUUAUUCUUGAAAUUAUCUUCUUCGCUGCCCCGCACAUUGCACCUCCUACGUCCAUCUUUUACUCCAACACAGCCAACACCAUCACCACCAUGACACUGAAGCUAGUGGAAGUCGUGACUGACGACGAAUUCAACGACAUUGUCCGUUGCGAGUUUGAUAGCUAUGAUACACCUGUAUGUAAGCUCAAGGAUCUCUUCUUCCCUAUCAAAGGAGAAGCAACGGCGGAAAAUCGCGAUAUAGCCAUCGCAGAAGCCACUAAGCGCCAGACGCUAUGGCACAGAUCCGAUCCGUCCAGCCUCUGGAUCAAGGUCGUCGACGAAGAAAACGGAAAAGUAGCCGGUGCGGCUUGCUGGCACAUUUACGACGCUAAUCCUUUCGCCGAGCCCGCAGAAGGCGAGUGCGACUGGUGGCCCGCCGGCGAACACCGCGACAUGGCUAACACCCUCAUGGGCCAAUUCCUUACUCCGCGUAUGACGUGGAUGGCCAAACCUCAUGUCCUUCUUGAGGCAUGUUUUACUCUGCCGGAAUACCGCCGUUGCGGAGUUGGUAACCAACUGAUGCAGUGGGGAAUUGAAAAGGCCGAUGCCAAGGGUCUAGAAGUGUACAUUGACGCAACAGACGUCGGCCGCAUGUUAUACAGACGCUGGGGUUUCCAAGAAGCCGAUGCUAGACAGUUCUCUCUGGCUGAGUUCCCAGAGACUGCUACCCGCAAGGAGAUGGAAGGCAAAGUCUUGCCAUUCGAAUGGUGGCCAAUGCAGAGGCUCGCCAAUGGAAAGUACGAGAAGGGUAAGGAUUUAUUGGCAUGGGACAGCUAGACCACCGCUGGAACACUGUAAACGUGUAAUUAGUGGUUUAAUCUUUAUCAAGAGUCUAUAAGAGCCAGACAGGCUAUCUCUAGGAGCUUUAGGCGUGAUAAUACAACAGAACGUUGUUCAUUAUCA